AUGGGAACCCGAGCCUUUUUCCACCACAGAGAGGAGGAGCAGAAGGAGGAGAGGAAACAGAGUUUGGAAAUGAGCUCCACAACCAGGAAAAAAAGGUUUAAAACCAGUGAGGAAGAGGAGACUUUCAGCCCUUCAGACCUAUCAAUAGCAGCUGCCCUUGCCUUGACCUCCAAAACAGCAAAUACCAGGGAGUACAAUCUCAGAAGGGAAGCUGACAUCCUGGAGCUGGAACAGAGGGGGCAGAAGAGGAUUCGUUUUGGGAAUGACAUGGAGAAGAUAGAAGAGGAGGUCAUCAGGAUCUGCAGGCUGCUCCGAGUGAGGGCUGACCGCAAGGGCCUGCGCAGGAAGGCUGUGGAACAGGCCAGCCUGGAGAAGGAAUUCCUGGAGCUGCUGUCAGGGCGGGCGCCCAUGUUCUGGAUCCCUCUGCGCGCACACGCGGUCUGGGAGAGGAUGGAUGUCACCCUGGAAUGCACCACCCUGGGCUCCCCUGUGCCACAGGCCACCUGGUAUAAAAAUGGAAUCCCCAUCGAUCCCCGCCAAGCCCCAGCAGGAAAAUACAAGAUCAAAAAUAAAUUUGGGAUGCUGACUCUGCACAUCAGCAGAUGCUCUAUGGAAGAUUCUGCUGAAUACAGUGUGGAGGUAAAGAAUCAGUAUGGUGAAGCUUAUUCCUUUGCUACAGUGCUUGUCAGGAAAUAUUAUGGGAAGGAGUCAGGAUUUGAUUCAGAAAUAUACAAAAGAUCCCUUUUGGCAAGAGAGGCAGAUUUUGCUUUUCCACUGAAACCCUUAUUUGCAAGAGAAAAGGAGCCUUUCACCCUCUCCUGUUACUUCUCCUCUGAUUUAUUGGACCACCAACGAGGCAUCACCUGGUUCAGAGAUGGGGAGCUGCUGCAGGACUCAGAAUGUCAGGAGCUGAGGUUCCAGGAGCGUGAGGCCUCCCUGACAGUUCCGUGUGCUCACAAAGAGGAUGAGGGAUUCUACACCAUCCGUGUGCCCUCCCUGGAUGGGUACAAGGAGCAGACCACUUAUGUGUUUGUUAGAGAUGCUGCAGCACCCACAGCUGGUGCCCCAGGAGCCCCUCUCAACGUGAAAUGCCACGAUGUGAACAAAGACUGCUUGCUGCUUUCUUGGGUAGCACCCAGCGAUGAUGGAGGAAGCCCCAUCCUGGGAUACCUCAUUGAGAGGUGUGUGGCUGGCUCACAGGAGUGGCUGCAGUGCAGUGCCCAGCCUGUGAAGAGCUGCAGGUGCCCAGUGCUGGGCCUGGCUGAGGGACAGACGUACCAGUUCCGGGUCAAGGCUGUCAACAAGGCUGGCACCAGCCACCCUUCAAAGGCCAGUGACCCUGUUACAACCCACGACCCCAGCAGGGGCAAGAGAGUGACAGUGAUCCCAUACGACGAGGGCAGGACCAUAGAAAUAUCCAAGGAUGACCUGGAGGGACACAUUAAAAUUCCUUUGCCCCCCACCAAUGUUCAUGCAACUGAGGUCAGAGAAGAUUAUGUGGCUUUGGCCUGGGAUGAACCAGAUCCAAGAGGCAGAGAGCCACUGAAUUAUUACGUGGAAAAGUUGCUCGUAGGCAGCAAUUCCUGGCAAAUGGUGAACCUGGAGAUGCCAGCAAAUUCCCCAAGAUUUGCACUCUUUGAUCUGGUUAAGGGAAAAUCGUUCCGGUUCCGCGUGCGAUCCGUGAACAAGUUUGGGAUCAGCGAGCCCUCCCUGCCCAGCCCACCCGUCACUGCCGGGGCAAAACUGGCUCCUCUGCCUCCACCAUCUCAGGUUCUGGCAUUCAGAGACACCAAGACAUCUGUUGUUGUGCAGUGGGACAAGCCCAAGGAUGGCCUGGAGCCCCUUGGCUAUUACAUCUACUGCCGGGAGACGGGCACGGAGGAAUGGCAAACAGUCAAUAACAAGCCAGUGACAUGCAAUGAAUUUACUGUUCCUGGGCUGCAGCCUGGAAAGGAAUAUGUGUUUUGUGUGAAAUCUGUCAGUGAGGGAGGACUGAGUGAGAGCUCACCAGAAACAGAUCCCAUCGUUGUCAGGCCAGCAAUUGCCUGUCCCUCGGCCCCACAUGGCUUUGUACUGCUGCACUGUGGCAAGGCUCAGAUGACCAUUGGCUGGAAAGCCCCGAAGCACAAAGGAGGAACAAAGAUCCUGGGAUACUUCCUGGACCAGCACGACCAGUCUGAGCCAGACUGGCACGAAGUCAACACUCAGCCAAUUCCUCGGCGAGUUUGCACGGUCAGCAGCCUGCAGGAGGGACACCUGUACGAGUUCCGUGCCCGUGCCAUGAACAGGGCUGGAGUUGGGCGAGUGUCCGAGCCCAGUGACUUGUUCAGAUGUGAGGAAUGGACGAUGCCAGAGCCAGGCCCUCCUUACGACGUGAUGUGCACUGAGGUGAGGGACUCCUCCCUGCGGCUGCACUGGGAAGCUCCGCUGUACCCGGGGGCAGGGCCGGUCACCGGGUAUUUCAUAGACCUGUGUGAAGAAGGCUCAGAGGAAUGGAAACAAAUAAACAAGCAGCCCACAGCCAGCACCCACAUGAAGGUUUCAGACCUGGAGACAGGGAAAUGUUACAUUUUCCGAGUACGAGCACUGAACAAGGUGGGAGUUGGACCCCCCUCACUCCCCUCGGAUCCUGUGGUGCCUAAAACCAAACCUGGCACAAAUGAAAUCGAACUCGGGGUGGAUGAAGAGGGUUUCAUUUACAUGGCCUUUGAAGCUCCUGAAAAGAAUGACUCCUCUGAAUUUAUCUGGUCAAAGGACUAUGAGGGACCUCCAGAUGCUGACCGAGUGCAGAUUGAAGAGAAAGGCAACAGAUCGAAACUGAUACUGAAAGAGCCCUCAGAAAAAGACCUGGGUGUGUAUUCAGUGGAGGUCACAGAUGUGGAUGAUGAUAUCUCUGCCAGCUGCACUUUAACAAAAGAAGAUCUGGACAAGUUAUUGAAACGUAGCCAUGAAAUCAGGAACCCACUGAUCAAGCUGGUAUCUGGCUGGAACAUCGAUGUUCUGGAGAAAGGGGAAGUGAGGCUGUGGCUGCAGGUGGAGAAGCUGUCCCCAAAUGCUGAGCUGCACCUGAUCUUCAAUGACAAGGAGCUCACCAGUACCCCCACACACAAAAUCAACUUCGUCAAAGAGAAAGGCCUCGUGGAACUGAUAAUCCAGGAUUUCUGUGCUGAUGACAAAGGGGUGUACACAGCCCAGCUCAAAGAUGGGAAAGCAAAAAAUCAAUUCACCCUUGUUCUCAUGGAUGAAUCUUUUGCUAAAGUGGCAGAAGAAGCUGAAGCAAAACGGAGACAAUGGAAGAAAAAGCAGGGUCCACAUUUCAUAGAGAACCUGACAUGGAAAGUUUUGGAGAGCUGUGAAGUGCUCCUUACCUGCAAGGCAACAAACCUGAGGAAGGACACAAAUUUUCAGUGGUUCUUCAAUCACAAGGCACGAGCUGGGGGAGCAUUUGAUGCACAGACUGGGAUGGGAACUCUACUGAUCUCAAAGGUAACCAAAGCAGAUGAGGGCCUGUACAAAGCAGUUGUUUCAGAUAACCGAGGAGAGGACUCCACCCAGCUGGACCUCACAAAAGGAGCCUUUGAGGAGCUUCUGAAGGAGCUGUGCAGGAUCAGUGCUCUUUCUGCUACACCUCUGAAAAUCCAGCCCACUGAAGAAGGCAUCAAAAUCCACACAGAUGUCAAGUACUACACAGACUACAUGAAAACCACCUGGUAUCACAAGGAGAAACAACUGGAAAGCCGUGACAGGAUGAGAGCUGGGAGCACCAUGAAUCAGAUCUGGCUGCACAUCCUGGACCCCAGGGAGGCUGAUAAGGGCAAAUACACCCUGGAGUUAUUCGAUGGGAACAGCUCCCACAAACUGUCAACAGACCUGUCUGGGCAAGUUUUCGAAGAUGCCCUGGCUGAGCACAGGAGGCUAAAGGAAGCAGCAAUAGCAGAGAAGCGUCGUGCCAGAGUUGUUCAAGGUCUGCCAGAUGUUGCCACCAUCAUGGAGGACAAGACCCUAUGCUUAACUUGUUGUGUGUCUGGAGAUCCCUACCCAGAGAUCACCUGGUUCAAAAACGAGAAGGUCAUCGUGUUUAAAGACAGAUACAAGAUGGAUGUGAAAGGGUCAAUGGUCACAAUCACCAUAGAGAAGGUGUGCAAUGAAGACACAGGAAAAUACAGCAUCUAUGUCAAGAAUAAAUAUGGGUCUGAAACAGGGCAGGUCACUAUCAGUGUCUAUAAACAUGGGGACAUCCCAAUAGGAACAGAGCAGGAAGUCCCAGCUGGGAUUACCACAAAAAAGCCCAAAUGA